AUGAAGGCAGCCCAAUCUAGACAAAAGGGUUAUGCGGAUAAGCGUCGAAGGGAUCUGGAAUUUGCUAUCGGGGACAAGGUGUUUCUUAAGGUGUCACCUACUAAAGGAGUGAUGAGGUUCAGUAAGAAGGGCAAGUUGAGUCUGAGAUUCAUUGGACAAUACAAGAUCCUUGCAAAGAUUGGGUCGGUGGUUUAUCGGUUGGCACACCAACCAUCCUUGGACUGUGUGCAUGACGUCUUCUAUGUUUCCAUAUUGCGGAAGUACGUUCACAACUUGAGCCAUGUUUUAUCUCAGGAGCCGUCGGAGCUCGCAGCUGAUAUGUCCUACAAGGAACAGCCCGAGAAGAUUCUGGAUAGUAAGAUUGUUCACCUUCGCAACCGACCUAUCCACUAUGUAAAGGUGAAGUGGUGCAAUCAUCCGGAGGAAGAAGCAUUUUGGAAAGCGAAAGUGGAGAUGCGGGUGAAGUACCCUUCUCUGGGUUACUUACAAGGGUGUUACAGGGUCAUGCGCAUAAAAGAAGCUGAAUGGAAGGAUUUAAUGCAAUCUAGGCACCAGUUUACCCAUAGAUCGACUCACAUGUGA